CUUCUAUACUUUUAUUGUGUUUUAUAUGUUUAAGUAAGAUUAUGAGAAAUAAGUUCUAUAUUUAAUUUGUUUGUUUUUUUUCAAUAAUAUCCUUUCUUCUUUGAUACUAAAGGCUUUUGGCAUCAACACAGAUGAACAGUUACAAAUAGGAACCGUUACAAAUAGGAAACCAGUCACCCAUAUAAACUUUGAUCUGAUUGUUCAAGAUGGUGUCACUUUAUAUCUUCUUAAAUCACCAGACCAAUUGCUGUUUUCUCCAACCAAAGAAAAAAUUUACUUUUUACCACAUUAUGAUACUGGUUAAAAGUGGAAUGUAUGAAUAUUAUGCUAGUGAAGGACAAAAUCCAUCACCAUUUGCCCUGGCUGAGUUAAUAGACAACUCAUUGUCAGCCACUGCCCAGAAUCCAGGUGUCCGAAACAUACAGAUAAGACUGCUUUUUGAUGAGACUCAGGGAAAACCAGCCGUUGUUGUUAUUGAUAAUGGAAAAGGAAUGAACUCAACACAGCUUAAAAACUGGGCCAUAUACCGCCUGUCAAAGUUUACAAGGGGUGCUGCUGCCUUAAGGUUAGGGUAUAUGAAUUGUUUUAAUUCUGUUACUGAUAUCAACUGUUUAUAUGCUUCUUUCCAUGAUUUGAGGUUCUAUCAUGUUAAGGGUUAUGGCACAAUUUUAAAUGACGAAAUGAUGGCAAUUUGAAAUUGCUGAUCACUGUGUUUUUCGAAUGAUAAUUGCGUGUCAGAAAUAGCAUCAAGGCAUUUAGGCUAUUGCUGUUUAAAGUGAGUGGCAAUUAAGUGAGAUUUAAAUGCAGAACUUAGGCUGGGGUCAGAGAGCCUUUCAUUAGAUGCAUAACAGGACUAAUUAUUAGGUUCCUUAAAUGUGGGUAUUUAAAUGUGCAUAUGUUAAACUGCAUGCCAAAUGCAAAAUACAUAUCAAUAUAUGUGUUUUAAUAUGCAGAGAACAGCAUCUUCAUUAGAUUUACUACUCAUACUACUAAGUUAGCAAGGCCCUCAUCUUGACCGUUAUUACCCUACCAAUCACCUCAGCCCUUUGGGCGGUGGGCCCUGCUAACAAGUAGAGUUGGGCUCCAAUGAAAAAUAAUCCUGGAACCUGAUCACACCCCAGUCUGCCCUAGCAAAGACUCAAAAUCUCUGAAUAAUGGGAUUGCCAUCUCUCAUAGGCAAAUCUAAAUCUGCAAGAUGUUAAUAUAGUGCUACUUUUCCCCAGGCUGGUGUAUUUUUCCUAAAAGUAGCACCAGUUUAAUGAAAAAACAUUUGCAAUUUAAUUCACUGGUGUGUUUCCUUAUUUGGUGUGUUAUUUAUACAUGUGCAUCUUUUCUGUUUAUUUUCUUUGUUUUUCUGACUUUUUAUUACUGAUCCUUCUAUUUAGGCCUCUCCUAUUCAU